AUUGGGGUCCAAUCAUGAUAGAGCAAAAUACUUGAAAAGACGCCGCCAAUACAGACAGGUAAGAAAGAAGAAGACUAGAACAACAGCAACAAAACAAGAUUUUGACGAGCGAAAGAAGCGGAGAGAGACCCAGCAGCAAGAAGCCCCACAAAAGUGGGUUUGGCGUCUCGCUGUUUCGGACUCUCACCGGACCUUUUCUCCUUCUCUCAGCCGUCUCUCUCCUUCCACUGUCAAAGAUCCGGCUGAUUCUGACUGGGUCACUGGGGUGAAGGAGAUGAGCUCUGUUUGGCUUGUUAGUUUUGUUUUUUCAUUCCGAAGAACAGUGAAUCUCAUAUCUUGAUUCUUGAGUGGUGUAUUCUGGUUCGUUGGGACUCCGUUAUUCGCAUGGCUGUUGCCAAGAGCAUCAAUAUUACUGAUUCAUCUUCAUCGUCAUAUUGUCCAAGCAAUUGCUAUAAAGUUGCGAAUUUGGAUGAAACCAUAUUGGGCACCAACCAGACUGCUGACCUGAAAGACCGGUAUGUUCUUGGAGGCCAAUUGGGCUGGGGACAGUUUGGCGUAAUCAGACUCUGUUCUGACAAAUUCACUGGGGAGGUGUUGGCCUGCAAGUCAAUAGCAAAGAGCAGAUUGGUCUCCGAGGAAGAUGUGCGGAGUAUUAAGCUUGAGAUUGAGAUAAUGUCCAGGGUUUAUGGGCAUCCAAAUGUUGUGGAUCUUAAGGCCGUGUACGAGGAAGAAGAUUAUGUGCAUAUAGUAAUGGAGUUGUGUGCUGGAGGAGAGCUUUUUCACCAGUUAGAGAAGCAUGGGAGAUUUUCCGAGGGAGAGGCUAGAGUUGUCUUUCGCCACCUGAUGCAAGCUGUGAUGUAUUGCCAUGAAAAAGGCAUUGUCCAUAGAGAUUUGAAGCCAGAAAACAUUCUCUUAGCUACGAGAGCCUCUUCAUCUCCCAUUAAAUUAGCUGAUUUUGGUCUUGCAACAUUUAUAAAACCAGGAGAGAGUUUGCGUGGCACUGUUGGAAGUCCGUUUUAUAUAGCCCCUGAGGUGUUGAAGGGAGGUUAUAACGAAGCAGCUGAUAUAUGGAGUGCUGGUGUUAUUCUGUACAUUCUCCUUAGUGCGAUGCCACCAUUCUGGGGGAAGACUAAGUCUAAAAUAUUUGAUGCUGUUAGGGCAGCUGAUCUGCAGUUUCCUUGUGAUCCCUGGGAUUCUAUUUCUUGUUCAGCAAAAGAGUUGAUAAAGGGGAUGCUUUGCACUGAUCCUUGCCACAGGCUUACAGCUCAGCAGAUUCUAGGUCAUUGUUGGGUAAGUGACGAGUUGGGACUUCACCAAGAGCCAUCUGAACAGGGUAGAAGUAUUAAGGCAUGUUCCGUUGAUAAAGGCUUAUUAUCUUCCCCAUUUAUGGGUAGAGAUGAAGACAUAAGCUUUGGGACAGGGACAACUAUUGCAUGUGAUGCCCAAUCAUCAUUUUCUUCAUUCUUGCCUGCACCACCGUUAACUCCCUACUUUGAGCCAGGUGGCGGGUUUUCUUUUCAAAGCACCUCAGAAUUUUCAACUCCCCUUUCCUCAAUGCCAAGCUUUGCAUUCUCCAGUCCAACCCCUGAUGUUGAUCGAGGUGGCUGCUCUAAGUUUGAUUUCUUGGCAAACCCAUACAAGCAACAACAUGCACUUCAUAAAGAGGCCGGUGGCUCAGGGAAGGUGUUUGUGAUGGAGGACACAACCCUACACUAUGAGGGGCAGGUGGCUGGUGAGGGUAAAAAGGGCAGCGGAUCAAGAAUGCCUGGGAUACACAACAGCAGCAGGAGGAACCAUACAAUAGGUCUUGGUGAAAUUGACUUUAUGGUGACUGAAUCAGUCAUCCGUUGGGCAUCGUGCACUUGUCUUUCAACAGCCACCUCCCUUAGGUCUUCCCUCGUCUGUUGAGUGCUUUGGACUAGCACCUCUUGUACCGGAAGAUCAUAAGAAGAACUAGUCAUCUGGUAGUUUGUAUGUUCACAUUUGUGUGUUUGUUUUUUUGACACAGCGUGCUUAGGUUUCUAAGGUUAAGUGGUUUACAUGAUAAUUACUUACAUUGUACGACGAAAGUGCAACUUAAAUGUUGGUUUCCAACCCAAUACUCACAGUGUUGUUGUAGGUUGUCAGUAGUGAGCCAACUGUUUUUUAUAGAGAGAAAUGAAACUCCAUACAAAGUAUUGCAGAUCAUCUGCUGUGUGAAUAAAGUUCAGUUUGUUUC